CUGUGUUCUUGCUUACAGGUUGUGUACCUUGACUUUAAAGAAAUUGGUCGUCUUAAAGGAAUUGGAUAAGGAGCUCAUUUCUGUGGUCAUUGCAGUCAAAAUGCAGGUAACUUGCAUUUAACACUUAGCCUACCUUUAACGGGCUCGAAGCGAAUACUACGAUCUCAUGAAAUUGUGCUACCACCAAGCGGACAUGUGGAAACCGAACUUGCACUAACUUUUUCACUACAGUAUCCUCACUUCUUGAAAAGAGAAGGCAACAAGCUUCAGAUCAUGCUGCAAAGGAGGAAGCGAUACAAAAACCGAACGAUUCUGGGCUACAAGACUUUAGCAGUGGGCUCCAUCAACAUGGCUGAGGUGAUGCAGCACCCGUCUGAAGGAGGCCAGGUUCUGAGCCUUUUCAGUAACAUCAAGGAAACCACGGCCAAAGUAGCAGAGAUCUGGAUCUUCUCACUGUCUAGUCAGCCAAUAGACCAUGAAGACAGCACCAUGCAGCCUAGCCAGAAGAUCAAGUCCACAGAUAACUAUUCUGAAGAAGAGUAUGAGAGCUUCUCUUCUGAGCAGGAAGCCAGUGAUGAUGCUGUCCAUGGACAGGAUUUGGACGAUGAUGAAUAUGAGCUGGGCAAGCCAAAGAAACAGCGGAGAUCGAUAGUAAGAACGACGUCCAUAACCAGGCAACAAAACUUCAAGCAGAAAGUGGUGGCGUUGCUGAGAAGGUUUAAAGUAUCUGAUGAGGUAAGUUAGUUAACACUCACUUAUACCUCAGACAUACUCAUUCAACUGCUUCAUGGGUUCAGCUUCUUUUCAGGCUGUUUUUCCUCCCUUCUCUCUUUUGCUUUCCUUCCUUUGUUCUCACAUCUGUACUGGGAAGUGUCCUAAGUUCCCCACUGACUUUGCCCAACAUUCUGAAGCUCUGUUUGGACCUCAGUUGGGCAGGGCAGGUUCAGCGCUAAUUUCAAAAAACCGUCAAGAUUUUCUGGGUGCAGUUUUGUCAAAGAUUUAAAAGACACUUGAGCACCCUCUUGCUUGCAGACUGGUUUGCAAUCAUACUUGACCCUUUCAAAGACUAGUAGUCUAGUGUUCGUUGCCCAUUAAGUUAGAUCACAGUUUAUGUUCUUAUCACACUUAUUAUAAAAGCUUUGCAAAAUAUGCAGAGGAAACAAACAAAUAAAAAAUCCCCAUCCAGUAAAAGAUGAAAAAAGAUGACAGAGACAUACAAAGAAAAUGUAAAGAAAAUUUUAAAAAAGCAUCAGAUGCAAAUGCAGCCCGACAGUUCACACAAUUUGGACUGCCCCAUCCAUAUGAAACACACCAAACACAACCACCAUGGUCCCAAUGAGGUAGGUAAAUGGUCCCACAGGAAAGUAACUAGCCAGAUGAUUCAGCUGAAAGCAACUCAUUCCACCUUGGUACUUUAUGCUUCCAAACAUAGCUUGACCCCCCCUGGUGCCCCAAGUUGCUGGGUUCCCCAUGUCUCAUGGCACCAAGUAAACAUCCCUAUCAAAAUCACUGUUUCUUCUUCGAGUGCUUGCUCAUAUCGAUUCCAAUUAGGUGUGUGCGCGCCGCGUGCACGAUCGUCGGAGA